GUAUAGCCUACAUAGGCCUAUGUAUGUAGGCUAUGUAGUGCAAUAACGUUCCAGGGCUCCGUAUUGAAUUAAUGUAGCCUGGCUACCAUUCUAAUAGUUCGAUCCAGUGCAAAACAAGGAUCAUUUCGAAAAUGUCCGAUGCAAAAACCCUUAAUAAUUUGUUGCCUAGACUAUAUUCUACUCAAACCAAACAACUCUAAAAUGUAUACAACUAAACAGGCAGAUAUAUCACAAGCAACUCUAGAAGCACAGCUCUGAAUUUGGUGAAGGCUGUAAUAACUAACAGUGGCUCAAACGAAAUGCAUUUUCUGUUGGGAUAGUGAUACCUCGAGAGGAUGACAGCAGCAAAGUUUCCCUUCAUCUUAUACAAAUCGUGCAUUCUUCGUUCAUAGUCUAACUUAUUAUACUGAUCUGUCAUUGAUUUGCACUGAGUUGAUUUUCAAUAAUACGGAACAAAAUGCGUUCCGUGUCAGUUCAAUACGGAACACAUAUUUUUCUUUCAAAUAGACAAAUAUAGCCUAUCAACUCAGAUAGCCGAUCGGUUCCGCAUGAAGGUGAAUGGGAGCAACGGAAACAGGGCCUAUCUUAGACUAGGUAAUGAUAGUUCUAUAAACAAAACGACGAAUAAAAGCAAAAUCUUCAAAAGCACUGGGAAGCUCAUAAACAGCAGCCCGAGAGAAAAAGAGCGCCUUAUAGCCUACUGAAACUUUACUCAGGUGCGUCCGCGUCAUCUGCUUACCCACUCACCUGCAAAUGAAAGAAACGAAACCAAGACGGCUAUAUAAGGACGUCACGUCGUUUUAUUAUGUGAAAACACAGUGUCAUUCAGUUCGACAGUUCAGCUGACAAGUGCAGCUCACGUUACCAUUAAGGAAACUUAAUUACGAAUUACGUUCAGAAAACAUAAUGUCUUUCAAGUGGAGAGAAAUCCGUCAGGUUGGACUGAAUUUUGUGGACUAUCUCGAUAAAACGGAUAGAAGAUCGGUUCGUUUUGAGAAAGAGGACCUCCGAGGUUUUUACAACUAUGAAUUUAAGGAUGGUGGAUGUCGGUAUCCACCUUUUUCAAGAGUUCUAUAUGUGCUUAAGUGCCAUGGAGAUAUCCGUGGGUGCGCAGGGUUAAUUGAACUUGACCAUCAGGUGAAGCUGUAUGACCAGCGGAAUAUGACAUCAUCUGCAUCCAGCAGACCCAAGCCUGCCAAUCAAGUCCUCCUUGUACAGGACCAGUUCAGCAUGGAGGUGGUUGAUCUGACCUUCCUUCUGACAGAGGACAGGGCACUGCUGAUUGCAGAAAAGUACGGCAUCAGCAUUACGUCCAGUGUGCUGGUGGUGGACGGCACCAUCCGUAUGAGCGUGCGGACAGACCAGGUGUAUGAGCUGAAGCUGUACGUGGCCAACACAGCGAACACAGCCAUGCUCCUCACACACUGCUCCUUCCUCAAGACGGUGCCGUGCUUCAGCCUGGAGGUCACCCGCGACAGACCUCUACUGCUGCAGCCAGGAGCUCGUGAGGAGGUCAACAUCCGCAUCAAGACGGAACAGGUAGGCUGCUACCAGGAGGCCUUGGCCUUCCAGUUCAGGAGCCAGGAGCCCGAGUCCGAGCCUUUCCACAUCGUGCGCUUCCUGGAGGUGGAACAUGCCAGUCCCCUGAUGGAGACUCUGGCUCCGACGGCCCCGUACAUCCCUGUAGAGAGGAGUGUCUGCAGGGAGGAGCGCUUCACUGUGGAGGACGGCGAGAGACCAGACGACAUGCGUAACUCAGGACUCACUUGGGUGAGGCCUCUGCAGGAGCAUCGCGUCCCUCCGUACGUGGGGGACCUCAUCAAGUUCCUGGCCAAACAAGGAUGCUCUGCCACCAUGAAACACAAACUCCUGGUGCUUAAAGGGCUGCUGGAGUCUCCGUUGAGCUUUGAGAACUACACGUCUCGUUUUCAGCUGCUUCUGCAGCUGGAGGAGAAUCAGAUGCUGGUGGACAUCCGGGCGUACGACAUGCAGGACGCUAAGAUGGUCAGAGACAAGAAGCUGCUGGUGCUGAAGGUGCCUGGUGUUGCAGAGAAUCGUCCUUCUGUGCUCAGGGGGGACCACCUCCUGGUCAUCUGCUCAAAAGAGCGCUACCUAGUGCCCUUACGCAAGCACAAGGGCUACGUCCAUCAGGUAGAACUGGAUCAGGUCAAACUGGGCUUUGGACAAAAGCUGCUGAGGGACUUUGUGGACGGCAUGGGCUUUGAUGUGGAGUUCACUGUGAACCGGCUGCCCGUCAGGCUCCAGCACAGAGCAGUGGAGCUGGCUACGGAACACCACCUACGUGACCUGCUCUUCCCCACGGGGGCAAAGGUCACGGCCCCUGCUGAGCUGCCUAGGCUCAGGCUGCGUGAUCGUAAGCUGGAGAGCAACAGUGAGCAGUACAGUGCUGUGAAGAGCAUAGUGGCCAGUGUGUCCAGACCAGCUCCUUACCUGCUGUUCGGACCACCUGGGACCGGCAAGACCGUCACCGUCGUGGAGGCCAUCAAACAGCUGUAUGAUUCUCCCUCCUGCUCCCACAUCCUGGCGUGUGCUCCGUCUAACAGCGCUGCUGACCUGCUGUGUGAGAGGAUUCUGGAACACGUCGACAAAGGUCAGGUCUACCGCCUCUACGCCAGCAGCAGGGACCCCAAAACUAUACCCCAGCCACUCAGGGAUCGGUGCAAUCUUAGUGGGGAUGGGUUUGUGUUCCCCUGCAAAGAGGAAUUGAUGAAGUACAAGAUUCUGGUGACCACUGUCGUAACAGCUGGCCGCCUCGUAAGUGGAGGUCUGCCCACUGGUCACUUCAGUCACAUAUUUGUAGAUGAGGCUGGACAUGCAACAGAGCCAGACACCAUAAUAUCUGUGGCAGGGUUACUGGACCCCAAGUCGGGUCAGCUGGUUCUGGCUGGAGACCCUAAACAGCUGGGCCCCAUCCUCAGAUCACCCAUCGCCAAGAAGCACGGUCUGGAGGUGUCUCUGCUGGAAAGACUGAUGAAUCACAACUCUCUGUACCAGAAGGAUGAGAAGACAGGCCACUACAACAGCCGCUAUGUCACCAAACUACUGCUCAACUACAGGUCCCAUAAGAGCAUCCUGAAGAUCCCUAACGAUCUGUUCUAUGACGGAGAGCUGGUGGCCAGUGCUGACGAGAUGUCCACCCACAUGUACUGCACCUGGGAACACCUGCCCAAGCAGAAUUUCCCACUGAUCUUCCAUGGAGUAAUAGGGAAGGAUGAGAGGGAGGCCAACAGCCCGUCCUUCUUCAACCGCUCCGAGAUCGACGUCGUCAUGGGAUACCUGAAGAAGCUGCUGCUGGAGGCCCAGGGCAAGAAGGGCGUGGCCCGCAUCUCCCCCAAAGACAUCGGCAUCAUCGCCCCCUACAGGAAACAGGUUCUGAAAAUCAGACAGGCGAUUCGAGAGCUGAGAGAGUUGAGGGAGAGAGAAGACAUUAAUCUGCUUAAGGUUGGCUCAGUGGAGGAGUUUCAGGGACAGGAGAGAAGAGUGAUUAUUGUAUCGUGUGUACGAAGCAGUGGAGAGCUCCUGACCUUCGACCAGAAGUUCAACAUCGGCUUCCUCAAGAACGAGAAGAGGUUUAACGUGGCCAUGACGAGGGCCAAAGCCCUGCUCAUCGUGGUAGGAAACCCCGUUAUCCUCAGAACAGACCCUACCUGGGGCAGUUUUAUCCGGUACUGUGUGGAGCAGGGUGGAUACACUGGAUGUCCCCUCUCAGACUCCCCGCCUGAUGGGGCGCUGCAGGCACAACUCGCUGCUCUUCACCUGGAACCUGAGGAGCAAGUGGACAUAGGGGAGAGUGUCGUGCAGCAGCUCUUGGACCCGGAGUGGAGGAAUGAGCAGUAGCCUGAUUAUUCAAGCUACACACACACACACACACACACACACACACACACACACACACACAAACACACACACACACGGAGCCACACAGGCAUCAGAAUGUUUCUUGAUAUAUCACUUUAGUUUGCACAUCGGAUCUCCUGUUUUGGUUGUUUAUCUUUUGAUUGUUGUUGUUUUUAAUUGCAAUUGUUUACUGCAGCAUGUAAGACUUGGUUUCAAAAACGACACACUUUCACAGUGCACAAAAGUGUGUGAAUGAAAUGAAUUCCUGUAUUUAUAUAAUAAUAGCUGUUUAAAAUAAAUGUAUGUGAGAUUAAAAAGUAAACAAAUCCA